GCCAUUUAAAACAAGUUGCAGUGACAGAAAGAAACUGAGUUGUGCUUUACUUGCUUUUUAGCACUUUCCCACCCACAGGAAGCUUGGCCUCAUGCAUGUGGCCCUCAGGGGCUUGGCCGGAUCAGGAUUUGGCCCUCAGGACAAGAAAAAGGGGUCCCACCCCAGGAGUCUGUCUGGAGAUGUUGGAGAUGCAAAGUGCUAGAAGCAGAAAUGUGCCCUGAAGUGGGGCUGGGAGGGAGAGCAACUCUUGAGGAGCCCAGGAUGAGGACCCUCAAUAGGGACUAGUGUCCACACUUGGAACAAAUGAUUCACUUCUCCAUCACCGUUCUGCUUCUAUCCCUGGGCUGAAAACACUGAGAGGCAGGAGCCACCAGGCUCAUUCGUCGGACAGAAAUCUCUUCCGUUGCCUCCACUUUGGGCCUGGUCACUUUCCCCCUAGGAGGGCGAGAGGAUUCCUUCUUCUUCUUCUCCUUCCUUCUUCCUUCCUUCUUCAAGAAAGCUCAGAGUCUGGCCUGUGGUGCAGUCCAGCCCUGGUUCCUAGCAAGACUCAUCCACACUUGCUCAGAGAACCUUUCUGUUCUCCUGACAACGGGUCAAUUUUAUAACAGAACAAUAUAUUUCUUUUGCAGUAUUUGCCAGCACCUCUAAAUCAGACAGGCAGAACUUGGUCAAAGAAAAGAUGGAUUCCUUCCUAAAGAUGGAUGAACAAGACUCAGCUGGCCCUGGAGCAGGAAGAGGUCAUGGCAUUGUCAAUGGGAGCAGUGCAGGAUUCUGGGAAAACUGUGUACAGAAGCUCCCAGGAGAGGAGGACACCCUUCGCUCAGAGGCGCAGAGCCAGCAGUUCAGGCAGUUCUGCUCCCAGGAGGCCAAAGGACCCCGAGAAGUUUGCAGCCGACUCUACCACCUUUGCCACCAGUGGCUGAAGCCAGAAAGGCACACGAAAGCUGAGAUGCUGGACCUGGUGAUCUUGGAGCAGCUCCUGGCUGUCCUUCCAGCGGAGAUGGAGAGCUGGGUGAGGGAAUGCGGAGCAGAGACCAGUUCCCAGGCAGUGGCCCUGGCCGAAGGUUUCCUCCUGAGUCAGGCGGAGGAGAGGAAGCAGGAAAAGGAUCUUUCUGCAGAAAUAGGACCAGAUUCCUCUGAGGCAGAGAGGACUUCGUUGGACACCAGAGAGAGGCUGCUGGGUGAAAGAAGGAUGCUGGCAAGACCUCCUCCUGCGUCUCUUCAUCCUGGUGGAGGGGAAGCAGCGGCUGAGGAACCGGAUCAGGUGAGGGGAAGGAGCUAUGGGGGGAAAGGGGCUGAGGGUGAGGGACAGAGGGCAUUUCUGAGACAGAACAAAUCUCUCCCCUCCUCAUUGCUUCUGUCAAAGCUGCCCCUAACAAAGGCUGAAAAUGCCAUUAAUGAAGGUUUAUGUGCAGAGGAUACUGAGUAGCCCCUUCACCUUAACUCUGAAUGUCGCUAGUAUUAUUCAUUAUAAAUUGUCUUUGGGGCAUCUGGAGAGUCUUUCCAUCCCAGAACAACACACAGGGAGAGGAGAAAGGGAUUCUUCCAUUUGGCAAACUGGAACACUUGCACAGACAAAUUGAUCUGAAUAAAACAACGUGGAGUUCAUUAAAAUAAGCACCAAUAAUCCAAAUGUGCAGCAGACCAAUCCAGUUAAAACAGCCCAGGCAGGAAGCAAAAGAGCAACGUGCAGGAAAUAAUCUUUAUGCUGCCUAAGAGAAGGAUAUUUUAUUUCAGAACUCAGUUUCU